GAAGGGACUAAGCUUUUUUCGUUCCUUCCUUCGACAACGGGGCGUGGGGAGCGCGGGGAGCGGCGACCAAAAGUGAACGCUUCUCCGGGGGGUGGCAGGCAGUGCAAGUUUUCUUUUGGUCCUAAAAUAACCAGCCAGUGAACCGCGGCAAGGUGUCCGUGUCGUCCUUUUUGAAAGGUUUGGGGUGCUGCUGCUGCUGCCGGGGCUGCGGUUCCGUGGACGUGUGUGGUUUUAGGUUAAUGACCGGUGGUGGGUCCAAGCGGUAGUCCAAGAGUGGCAAGCUCCCUUGUGUUUGUGUGUUUGUGUGAACGGGCGCGUUUUUGCCAGUCGGUUGUAUCACGUUUGCCACACCGCUCUGCUGUAUUACAUCGCGUUUUAUCCGCAUCGGAUGCGCUCCGGGGACCAAAUGGGAAGAAGAAGAAGCUGUCUCAUUUCCAGUUGUGUGUGAAUUGUGUAUACGGGCGCUUUUCUGCUGCUGAUUGAUUUUGUUUCGGUGUUUCGGUGGGUUUUUGAUGUGGUGGUCCGUGUAAAUUGCGGUGUAAAAACGGUGCGCAACGACGGCGACGACGACGGAACUCGUGUCUUGGAUGGAAGUUAACCGAUCGCCCGAGGACAGGAAUCACAGGCAGCAGAAAACACUACACCCUAGCUAGAAGGAAAAGAGGUAAAGGCAUCAGAAUAUUUCAGCUCGACUGCAGUUUCGGUUGCCCAACAAUGUUGUCCUUCCUGUACACUUACCUAACCAAUCUGCCCCGAUGGCAUCUGGUGGCGAUAGUCCUAGUAGGCUAUCUCAUCUACUACUUGAUGGAAGUGGUCAAGCGCCCAAUUCUUGCCGUCUCGAACGGACCGUUCAAGAAGUACCUGCGCAAACACAUCCCCACGCUGGAGAACAAAUUCUGGCCCACGUUCUGGUGCGUGGAAAGCCGCGCCCAAACCGUGUUCGCUAGCAUCAUCCGCUCGAACAUCAUGCCGCUGGUCGAGUAUAGGCGGGAAGUGUUCACCCUGAAGGAUGGUGGCGAGGUAGCGCUCGACUGGCUGGAGGCGGGUUGCGAUCCCGAAUCGCCGGUCAUCAUCAUCCUGCCGGGGUUGACCGGAGAAUCGCAGGCCGAGUACAUCAAGUGCCUGGUAACGGCUGCCAACCGCAUCGGCAUCCGGACGGUCGUGUUCACCAACCGGGGGUUGGGCGGUGUCGCACUCAAGACGCCGCGGCUCUACUGUGCCUCCAACUGCGAGGAUCUGUCCGAGGUGGUGAAGCACGUGAAGCAGUCGAACCCGCACGUCCGCAUCGGUGCGACCGGCAUCUCGAUGGGUGGCCUAAUACUCGGCAACUAUCUGGCGCGCCACAGCGACGAGGCAAAAUCGAUCCUGACCGCGGCCAAAAUUAUCUCCGUACCGUGGGACGUACACAAAGGUUGUGCCAGCAUUGAGCAGCCGAUACUGAACAAUCUUCUUGGCCGGCAUCUAGCCUCGAGCCUGUGUCGAACAGUGAGCAAGUACGACAUACUGCGGGGCGAAGAGUUCGAAUGGGACAUGAACCAAGUACUUCAGAGCAAAACGAUCAAACAGUUCGACUCGGCGUUCACCUCGAAACACUUCGGCUACAAGGAUGUGGACAGCUACUACACGGACGCCACGCUUCACAACAAACUACACCAGAUCAAAGUGCCUUUGCUGUGUCUGAGUGCGGCGGACGAUCCGUUCCAGCCGCUCGAUGCGAUCCCGAUCAAGGCGGCGGCCGGUUCGUCCCACGUUGCCAUCCUGAUUACGGCGCGCGGCGGCCACAUCGGCUUCCUGGAGGGCUGGUGGCCCGCCAACAAGGACCAGUACAUGGGCCGGCUCUUCAGCCAGUACUUCUCGGCCGCCCUGUUCGAUCCGGACAAUGAGUUUUACCGCACGGCACAGCUGAUGAUGGAGCACAACCUGACCGCGUCCACGUCCGUGCCGGGCUCGCCGACGAACAAAUCGGCCCUCGGUGCCGCCAGUGCGAUAAGGAAAAAGUCCAUCCCCUUUUAAGAUGGCAGGGUUGCUGAAAUGUGCACUUGCGGUGUUGCAUUGGGUGUUAAUGCCCGGCACCGGGCGGGUAUGCCUUUCCUGCUAAUGCCGUGCAGUUCCGAUGCAAAGCGGAAACGUCUCGUCUUUGCUUGUCGGCAUUUCAGGCGAGCGUUACUUCUCGGCAACUUCUACUACUGCACAGCGUUGCGCACCGUACACAGGCACUACGCAAAAGCAAGCCGCAAUGGUACGCUACUAGUCGCGCACAAAAUUUGCGAUUCGGGAGCUAAAUCAUCCAGACAAAAAAGGCCAGACGAUGGUUUUUUUAGUUUGUUUUCUCUGUAGGCACAGUUAAUUAAUACGUCCAGCCGAAGUUUGCGCUUUCAGAAAGCCGCUGGUGCUAAUACGUAAGCUUGGCGACAAACCGGCCACCGGAACACAGUGUCGCAGCAAUUGGCAAAGCAUAAAUAAAACCGCAUGUGAUACAGACGAUGGGGCUAGCGCAUACAAUAAAUAAAAAAAAAAACAAAUUAGGAAGCAAAAUGCUGCGGCGGCGCUGCAUGGUUAUUGUCAUCCGCCCCCCCCCCCCCCUCAGCUCUCGUUAACACUUUAUCCCAAAAUGUCCUAAAAAACCCAAAAAAUCUAGCGAUAGGAAGCCCGUUCCCUCCCGCACAAUUUAGGGGCGAGUUAAGCAACAAAUUAACGUUACGGAUACAUAAUUGUAGGUAGAGAAAUGACAAAAAAAAACAUUCGUAAUUUUUCUCAGGAUUCACAUUUAAACAAACAGACCGAUACACAAACACACACACAUCCAGAAAUUCACAGAAAACUCAAUACCCUGGUUGACCAAUGAUUGUAAGGCUUUAUCUCGAACAACGAAUAACAAAUUCCAUAGUUGCUUGCUACUGGUGGUGGUGAUUACAAGCCGCUAAAUCUGGUUUCGUUUUUUGUUCCCUAGAAAGCAGAAAAAACCCGCUAAAACGAUGGGCAUCCUGUAUCUUAAAUUAGUAUCGAGAGAGAAAAAAAAUGAUGCCCAUUUCCGGUGGCAGAGGCUUUUCGAAGGAUAUUUGCUGGACCGAACGGAGCGUGGUGGGUGUGGUAGUGUCUUAUACAUAUUUAAAACUUUCUGCAAAUCUGCUUAGAAUAGUGAAUACCUGUGUAACAGAAGACUUAUUUUAAAUAAAGUUCGAUUUCGAGUAGAUUAGUAGCAGAUGCGCGUUAAGGGUCGACUGAGGAGGAUCACCCUUUUGUUACAGUUACAGCUGAAGUAAGUUGAGAUUUUGGUCCCAUGGUGGAUUCGCUUACGUUGCAUUCGCGUUGUGGCCACGUGUGGGCCGUUUGGCGAAGAGUGAGAAGAAAAUCGUUACUAAAUUACUAAAUACAGCAGCAGUAUUGUUUGUUUGGGGCGAUAGUUAAAAACUAUCGGAAGGAAGGAGAUAAGACUCGUUAGCAAAAUAUAGAGAGGCAGAGAGAGAGAGAGAGAGAGAGAGAGAGAGAGAGAGAGAGAGAGAGAGAGAGAGAGAUUGAGAGAGAGAGAGAAAGAGAGUUGUUAAAAAUGACGUUGUUCUAUAGAUUGCAUCAAAUUAUACUUGCGUAAGAAGAAAAUGCAUGCAUUAAAUUGAGAUAAUAAUAAGUAGUAAAAAGCGCAGUAAAGGGCAAGCAAAACAAGCAAUUCAAUGAAUAAAACAUUAAAUGCUAGGACUCUAAAUAAUAAGAAUAAAAAAGUGAAACAAGUAGGUAGCUCAAACAUGGAAUAAAUCCCAUUACAAAGGUAAGAAAAAGAAGAACAGUUCUACAAUAACACUAGUUUUCACAUAUCCAUUGCAAACAUUGAUCUUUAACCUAGGACAAACGGACGAACCAGGAUGUUAAGCGCGAAUGAUGAGAGGAAUCGUUUCUGUUUUAAUCGCUUUGGCACGGCAUAGAUUACGCUUACAACCCAUAAUUCCCAUAAACGUUGGUCUGCUGGAGCCGUGUAGGGAAAUAUGGUAAUGUUACUCUAUUAAAAGGACAGUUAACAAGUAAAUGAAAGAAUUUGUUCACGGAACAAAUCUGCUAUGUUUCACACUCCUAUCAAUUGUUGGGUUUGGUCUUAUUAAAUUAUGUAUAUAUAACAACAACCGUGCUUGCUGCUGGCCCCCAUUUUGAAACCCGCACUCUCUUGCUCGUUCUGAUAGUUUUAGUAUAACAAACGUUUCCAACCAACCAACAACAACAACAACCGUGUUUCACAUUUUUACUACCGAUUUCAAUUGUUGCAAAUAUGAACAUGUUAACACAGGAUGAAAACUGUAACAAACAGAGAGCGAUUUUUUCCCGGAUUGAAAUAAAGAUUACACUGACUCUAGGAA